AUACAGGAGUAUGAAUUUCCUUAAAAUAUUUAUUUUAUAAUUAAAAUUUAGAAAUUUAUCAGUGUGUCUUAGGGCUGUAAUAACCAACCUAAUCACACGAAAUAGGAAACAUAAACAAGAGCUUUGCGGCAAAUUUGUUGGGUUUAGACAGAAGCUUCACUCCUCUUUCAAUCUGAUUUACUGAGCCAAUUUGAAAUGGAGACUCUACCUUCUGAGCUUAUAUUAUGGCAAAAUAGUGGUGAGACAAUGGCAGCUAAAGAUGCAAACAGGAAUGUCUACUUUCCAGGAAACAGUAGCUUUUUGGCACAAUUCAACUCGAAUGAAAGACCUAGCUAUGAUACGAUGCAGUUAUCUUUACUUCCAACGACUUCCAAUUGGAGCAGGCCUUGCAUGAUGCCACUUUUGUCCAUUCCCAAUGUUGACGAAGGUAGUUCAAAGGCUAAUAUAAUCUUAAUGGGAACAGCUAAAAAUGGAGGAACUGGACCAUCUGUUGGAGCUGUGGACAUUGGUACUAGCAAGACUGCCUACUAUUUCCGAGUUUCAUUACCUGGAGUGAAGAAAGAUCCUGGUCAGUUCAGCUGUGAGAUAGAACGUGAUGGAAAGGUCCAUGUUCGAGGUGUGACAACAACUGGUGAAAAUUUUGUUUCAAGGCAUACUCGAGUUUUUGAGAUGAAAGUACAGCAACAGUGCCCACCUGGUCCAUUUACAUUGUCCUUCAGCCUACCAGGACCCGUCGAUCCAAGGAUGUUCUUUCCAAACUUCAGAUCUGAUGGCAUCCUUGAGGCUGUUGCACUAAAAUAUGAGUAAUAUUCAGUGAAAUAAAUCGAAGUUCUGAAUAUGUAGGAGCUUUAUCUUUGUAUAUACCUCUCCACGCCUUGGAUUCAUUGUGGUUUGUUAUGUCUUAAUGUUUGCAUACUAGAAUGUUGUAAUUUGUACCAGGAUCAGGGUGAGAUUUUACUGGCUUAAUGACCUUUUAGCCCUUAAAGUUUGGGUGGAAGUUCCGAUGCCGCCUCAAAGUUUAAAAACGUACCUUUCGACUCUCAAAGUAUCUUUGUCGUACCUUUUAGCCCUUA